AUGAACGGGAAAGGUGCCGAAGGGAACCCUACAGGCGAUGAAAGCAACGCUAGAGGUGCGGAAAAAACGGGAAAGGUGGGGAAAGUAACGGGAAAGGCGCAGAAAGGAGCUGGGAAAGGCGAGGAAGGGAAGGGGAAACGCGAAGAAGUGAAACGGAAAGGCAGGAAAAUGAACUGGAAAGGCGCCCAAAGGAACGGGAAAGGCGCCGAAAAAAAGCACGGAGGCGAGGAAAGGAACGCCAGAGGUGCGGAAAGGAACUGGAAUGGUGUGCAAACUAAUGGGAAAGGUGACGAAGUGAACGAGAAAGGCACGGAAGGGAACGAGAAAGGUGCGGAAAGGAACUAG